AUGCUACAUGAUCAACUCCGGCAGGUCGAUGAGAAAAGGAACGAAGCUCUCGCGCCCGUAUCGCGGUUGCCAGAUGAUAUUCUACGACUCAUCAUUCAGCACGGGCACGAUGACGAGCCACUGGAGGUCUAUCCUAUCGGGACCAGUCUCGUACGACGUGUUUCCCACAUGUCCCGUCGCUGGCGCGCGAUCGUGCUCGAUAUGGCCAGCGUAUGGACGUACGUUCGGUUUUCGAACCCGACACACUCAGCAGACGAGGACUUCAAGCCGAUCCAUCCUUGCUACCGAAGACCGAGGGCACUGAAUGACACAUAUACCUGCAACCUCGAGCGCUCCAAAGAAUCGUUGCUCAAAGUGGAGCUAUUGCUUUCACCGUAUUACCUAUUGUCGACGAUUAUGAAAGAAUACUUGCAAAUCUGCCUAAUCCGCGUCGCGGUGCUCAAUCUCUCUGUGCAUACUUCAAGCCCAGAAGGCCUGAACGCGGUCAUUCCGUGCAUCACUCACACCAGAAAAACCUUGCGUUGCGUCCGGCUUCGUCUUCAUGACCCCCUCUCGCACAGGGACACGGGCAUACCCGACACGAUUGGAGCGCUCCUUGCGUGCGAUCUUCCUCGGCUGCUCGAAGAACUGCAUUUGACCCUGUUCUCUUCGCCCAGCCUCGACGUUGCCGACGCUGAAGUACAAUUGCCACACGUUCUGCUAGCAGAACUCCGCAUUAUCAGUUGCACUUCAACACGUCGCGCUCGUGACACGUUCGGACGUCUUGUCGCGCCAAAGCUCGAAAGUCUUUCACUGGAUGUCCGCGCUGGUAUUGACUCUUAUGAGUGGCAAGAAGCCUACAUCACCGAACUGCUAGAGUUCCUUGCCAGCUCGUCCGGCUCUUAUGGUGACUCUCCGCCGGUGAAGCAACUCACAAUACAAGGUGCAAUACUCAACGGUCUCGAAAGAAUACUCCUUGUUCUCUCCAGAAUAGAAGUUUUCCGAUCCACGUUCAAUUACGACUGGAUCAUUGGCGAGGAGCAGAAACUUGAAUACGCUCGUGUGUUGAACAAGUUGGUACCAACCGAAUAUUCGGCGAGCGAAUCUGAAGACGUUCCCCCACGCCCACCUCUUUGCCCAAAGUUGAAAGUGCUCGAGUCCCUGUCAUUGGCGACACCUCGCCACAUCCAAUGGCUGACAACCCUCGCAGCACGCCGUUGUUCCUGGGGGAAUCCUCUCACUCGAAUACGCAUACACGGCUGGCCUCCCGUCCCAAACCCUACAUUGGGGAUGCCAGCUAUACCAUCAGAGCAAUACAGACUUGAGAAAGAGCUAGCGAAGGAGGUCGAAGUGCUUGAAUGUGGAGAGUUCAGGUGGGAAUGGAAUGAGGGCGGUCGAUGGCGUAGGGAACCAAGAGUCAAACAGAAGGCCUGGGGAAAAGAUCCAGGGUGGUUUUUAUUAUGGUAA